AUGUCAACAUUGCUGCCAUCCUCUGUCAUGCAGGGAAUGUCACCCGAUCUCGCCUCAUUUCUGGGGAACAUGCAGGCCCAAUUCAUGUCACUACAACAACGUACCAAUGAACUUGAAUCUCUUGCUGCAACUAAUGCUAGAUUAACUGCUCAAUUAGUUAAUGCGGAAAAGCUAAUUGCUGAUCUCAGAUCUCAAUUAGCAUCUCAGGGCAAUUGCCAAAUUACAACAAAUGCAUCAACAUCAUCUGCACCAAUCACACCCAAGGAGCCUGGCACUGAGGCUUCUACAUGGGCUACAACUGCUGCUGCUGCUCACAACUCUGUUGUUGUUCCUACUGCUCUUUCUGUUCGCAAGACUCCAAGACCUCCUUCUGUUCACCGGGUUGCUGCUUCUGCUAGAAUGUUUGCCAUUCCCACUGGUCCCAAAGGAUAUCAAUAUGUGUAUAUCCCACGUUCACGUCGUCUCACACAUAGAGAAGUGCGCAGCUCUUUGAAAACACUUGGUGUUGAUACUGGCCGCAUCUUGGAUAUCAAUUUUCCUGUCAAGAAUGUAGUUGGCAUCCUAGUUCACAACCAGUAUGCUGAGAAAUUCCAGACCACUCUGACCACAGUUGCCAUUGAGAUCUUAGAUGCGUUUGACCCUUUGGAUCCCAAAAACAUUGCAGAUCCCAAAUAUAAGUCUCUUUCUGAUUCAGAGCUAGAAGAAGUUGCUGCUGAACUUCAUUCUGAUUGUUGUCUGAAGGCUCUCAAGUACCUUCAUCCUCAUGUUGCUGUUCCUGUUGGUCAUUUCUUUUGUGAUCAAGGCUGGAUCUCUAAGGAAGAUAUUCCUGUUCAUUCUGUUUCUGGUCCUGGUGCUGGUAUUCAUGAUUUCCAAUCACCAUCUCGUCGUACCUCUCUUCUCCCCCCAUCUCGUCUUCCCACUUCUUGGUCCCAGAUUCAUCUUUAUGGUUCACCUGUAGCUGGCAGCUACAGAGGUUCUAUGGGUGUUUCUGUUCUUAUUUCUCCAUCCUGUCCUUAUCCUGUCACUCAGAUUCCUAUGUCAUCUAAUUAUGCUUUGGCCAUCAAGAUUGGUUCCCUCAGAAUUGUAUGCCUGUACUUACCGCCCUCUAUGUUCACCCAUGAUGCUCUUGCAGUUCUCUCAUCCAUUCCUUUGACCAAUGACACUAUUAUAUGUGGCGAUUUUAAUUCACGUUUGGGUUCACUUACUGGUCUUGCUCUUUGUCAAUGGUUAGAAGAACGUGCUCUUACUGUUGUCAAUGACCAGCUCUCACUAUGCACACCUACAUUCAUUUCAUUCCGCCAAAAUGUGAAGAUAAGCAGUAUCAUUGAUCUGUUUAUCACUAAUACGUCUCUCACCAAUGCCACUCUCAACAUUCAUACCGACCUCUCACUCAACUCUGAUCACCGUCUGCUUUCACUUUCAUUUACAUAUGCCAUCAAUUCAACAUCACAUGCACCACCACCAUCUUGCAAAACAUGUAACCUCUCACGUCUUCAAGAACCUGAUGUUCUCAAACUAUAUGCCUACACAUUUGUCACUAAUUUCACCAACCUCAAAUCCACUUUGCAAUCAACCUUCGAACACCCUCCUUCCUCACGUCCACCAAUUGAUGCACUAACUGAUGAAUUCAACUCACUCAUUUAUAAUUCUUUAAUACUUCAAGCAGCUGCAGAGCACCAUAAUUUCUGCUACAAGAAAUGGCGCCAUGCAUGUGGUAUAGACAGAAUUCAUUGGUGGGAUAAGCAUCUCAAAGCGCAGGCAGAAUUCCGACAUCAAGUGCAAUCAUCUAAGCGCCAAUCAUGGCAUGCUUUCUGCAAAUCAAUGGAACAAGACUUUUCCAAAGCAACAUCAAAGACCAAGCAACUCAAACGCCGACAGCAGUCUCAGCACAUGUUUCAACAUAGUGAUGGACCAGCAACAGCAGCAACAAUUACGUGUGAGCAUCUUGCAUCUGUAUACAGUGGCAGUAUCCUCCCAGAUCAGCGUCCUCCUCCUCCUCUUCACAGUACUAGUCUGCCUUUUGCCUCUGCCAACUCACCAUUUGUUUCUUCAGUGGUAGAGGGAUGCAUGCAAUUUAUGCCUAACCGCAAGGCACCAGGCCCAGAUCACAUCAGAGCAGAAAUGUUGAAAGUAAUUCGACCACAAAUUGCUCCACUACUCUCACUCUUGUUCACUAUCUACAUCUUUGGACCAUCUGUUGUCACUCAUCGUUGUUCUGGAGCAUUGGCUGCUAUGGCAACUCUUACUGCUGUUGGUGCAUGUAGAUCUGAUUUCAGUUUGCUCUUAAGUUCAUGUCUGUUCAAAACCUUUAUACGACCAAAAUUCGAGUAUGGUCUUGCAAUCACAUGUCUUUUGCAAAAAGAUGUUUUACUUCUAGAGAAAAUUCAAGAUAAAUGCUUGCGAAUGAUUGUUGGUGGCCAUGCAACUUCAUCUACUGCGGUCUUGAAACAUAUCUGCAACCUGCCCAGUAUGACUUUUUGCGUUGACAUUCUCAAAACAAAAUUUUGUCUUCGGGCACACACUCUUCCUUCUGCUUGUCUUCUCUCUCUGCUCUAUUCUCAUCAUCUCCAAGCAUCAACACUAUCCACUCUUCACACAAACCUUCUUUUUACCAGCAUUCCUUCUGAUCUUAAUUGCUCCAGCCGCAUAAAACUAUCCAAGCACUUUGAGUUUUUUAGACAAGAAAAGUUUGCUCACUUUCGUCUUACCAACACUAAGAUUCUCAUCCAAGCUUGCCACCCUCUUCUUGAAGUUGAUCCUGUAUUGUUUCUUCCUGCUACACGCAUAGAACAUGGCUGUCUAGUACGUUGGAGAAUGGACUGGUUGCCUGACGCCAUCUCCAAUUCUGCAUCACAAUCCCAUCUCAGCUGUUCUCUCAACUUCCAGCACCACCCACAGAUGAAGACAACAUCAUUGACUUUGCUAUAUCAGCACUACCAAUCUCGUCUACACAUCCAAGCCCUCUAUAUUGGAAAGCUCUUCUUACAAUACUAUGGCAUAUUGACAUGCUAUGAAAUCCUAAUGACAACUACACACAUGAAGCCGAUCAUGUUUGCAUCCAUACAAUUCUAUCAUCAAUCCAUCCGAAAUAUUGCUUCAACCAUUGCAUCCAUUGUCAAACACGACGCAUCUACCCUUCCCACCACCGCAUCCAUUGUCAAAAAAAAAUUUUCUAUCGUUCCUGUCAUUUUAGCACCAAUUUUCACUUUUUCUCUGCCGAUUGCUGCCAUCUCAAGAUCAUCUCCAAACAUGUUACAAUUGUUGCCUGCUAAUUGCAUACAAAGUCUGCCAGCCGAACUUGUGACGUUUUUAACCAGUAUGCAGUCACAGUUCAAUGCACUUAACGAACGUACAGCAUAUUUGGAAUCUCUUGCUGCCGAAAAUGUCCAAUUGCAUGCUCAAUUAGCUAAUUCAACUGCAGAUCUUGGAACUGCUGCCUCCACUUGGGCCACCAAAACAAGCUUGAUUCUGCCAGCCAAGACACCUCAAGUUCCUUCUGCCCGCCGGGUUGCUGCCUCUCAAAGACUGUUCUCUGACAAAACUGGUCCUGAUGGUUUUGAAUACGUUUAUAUUCCUUGCUCACGUCAUAUUACGCACAGUAAAGUGCGCCGCUCUCUCCGCACUCUUGGUGUUAACACUGGUCGCCUGUUAGAUAUUAACUUUCCUGCUCGUGGGGUGAUUAGCAUUCUUGUCCAUGUGCAGUAUCUUGAGGAAUUUAAGUCCCAAUUAGCUAGUGCUAAGGUCUCUCUUGUCAACAACUUUGAUCCAUUUCAUCCUAAAAAUGUUGCUGAUCCCAAGUUUGCCAACUUGUCUGUCUCUGGUCUUAAAACCCAGACUUUGUUUUUGCGUUCUCACUUAGUUCUGCUAGUUGCUCACUUCUUUGUCCAGUCAGGAUGGAUUGGUAUUGAGGAAAUUCCUGCCCAACCAGUAGCUGAGCACUUUGGUGAUGCUCCAAACAAAAAACGUGCCCUUGAUGCUCUCACUGCUAUGAUUGAAUGA